AUGGCGAGCAUGCAAGCUACCGAGUUGCGAAAGGAAGCCAAGAAGAUUGCCGUCGAUCGACGACGACAUAAGGAGAGAUUUCGUAUGAUUCAGCAGAUGGUGUUCCAAAGAUACAAGCCAAAUACCACCACUAGUCAAACACCCACACCAGAUCCCGAAGGAGACCCUUCCUCCAAUACAGCAGUCAUUGGAAAAAUAGAUCCCAUCUGGAGCCUAACCGCCCACGUUGGCGGCCGACCUACCGUCAGUAAAGCCAAUCUUUACACCAUGGUCAAAGCUGCCAACAACUUCCUGAGCCUUGCCAUUCACGACUUCGACAAGAUGGACUUGUUCCAGCAUCUUCAAUUCAUCCAGCAAAUGGCACAUCCGAAGCUGUCGCCCCAAGAACUCUUAAAGACGUUCGUCGGCAGGGAUCAGAUAGUGGACGCUCAACACAAUCACCACUUGGCAAAGACCAAUUACACGGCACUUGUUGCUAGAAUCGCAGCUUUCCACGCCCUACCCGGCAAGGCCUCACAAAUGCUCAAGACGUGCCAGAAUUGUAAUAGCAAGUAUAUGCCUACUGCAAGACCCUGCCCUUGCGACAAGUCUGUGAGAUCCUGCUCUCACGGCCCCUGCCAAUACCAUCCAGGCAAACUGAGGAACUGGAACAUCUCGGGCGGUGGAGGCGCUGCCGGAGAUGAUCCCAUUAACACGGGCAGGCUCACACUGGGUGAAUUCCGUAUCUGGGUCGACACAUGCUACUGGACUUGCUGCCAGGGCAAACUGGUUAAGCCAGGCCCAGAUGCUGGAAAGCGCAGCCAGAAGCAUCGCAAAGGUGCGCUGGAGCCAUGGGAAAUACAUCAUCCUAUGGAUGCGAGUCUUGGAUGCAAGUGGCAGGAGGACCACACCCCAUUCUGA